AUGGGGAUCUCUCUGAUCUGUAUUCAAUUCUACAGGUAUACGGAUGCUGCAAGUUGCCUAUUGAGAUGGGGCUUAGCAGCUGAUAAGUGUAAUGCUACCCAUAGCCAGUGCAAGCUAGUAGUUUGUUAUGCUGAUAUUGCUGUCAAAAAGGAAGAGAAAUGUGCUCAAUCUCUUUUAUGGAAAGGUCCAUCCUGGCUUGUUUUGGACUUGGAUGUGGAUAUGUAUGGUAGGUUCAAGGUGGAUUUGGUGAUAUUCUGUUGCCUAUUUCAGACAGUGGAGUUGGGGAACUUUUCCCAUCCCAUGGCUUACAACUUGAUCUUCCAUGGUUUCAUUAUUUACUUUUUCCUUGCUGGAUGCGAUGAGACUUCUGUGCCUUCAAUGGAUUUGGCUGUGGAUUUAGGUGUUAAAGGAUGUUUGCUCGCGCUGGGGGGGGGGGGACAGGCAAAGAAACGGCUCAGAAGAAAGAAAUUGGGAUUUCCAAUGCUUCUCCACACUUCUUUUAGGGCCUAUCUUAGUGCAAUCAUGGUGUACCUUUAUGCUCAUGACUUCAAGCAAGCAGAGAAGUGUCAUAAUGAUUGUUGUCAGAUUGAUGCGUUUUUGAACAGUGAUCAGAAUCGUUGCGCCUGUAAACUUUUUUCUGCUUACACUGAUGGUGAUGUUGAAGAAAUUAAACGUGUAGCUCAGUCAAGCGCUAUAUCUAACCUUGACCACAUGAUCAUUAGGCUGGCGAGGAAACUGCCCACAGGCGAUGUGAGUGCACUGAAGACUGAUGCAGCCGAGGGAGAACCACUCGAUGAAGAUGACCUCACUUAAGCGUCUUAUUUUGAUAUAGCUGCUGACUUGCUUCAUGUGUGAAUAAUGCAAACAUAUGAAAACUGGUUUGAGUGUGCAAUUUUAUCUCAUCAUUCAAAAGGUUUAGGAUGUGGAGAGAGAGAGAGAGAGAGA